GUCCACUGCGGUGCGUGCUGCACUGGGACUCAGCGAGAAGGGAUUAGCUGAUGCACCACAGUGGUUUAUAUGGGCAAACUCCCACCUAAAGAGGAGGAAUUUGCUCUCCAUACUUUUUAGGCAUUUGUACAUGAAACAUGCCUUGCAGUCCAAAUAUUUUACCCGUGGAAAAACUGUGGGUAACACAGAGAUGAGUGGGAGUGAGAUGAUUGCUCACAUUUUUCUAACUCCAGCUGGAGUGCAGGUCACAAUAUUUAAGGUUCAACAGCUGCAGUGGCUUUAUUGCAUUUUGGAGAAGACAUGUUUUUGUUUUUAAAUCAAUCAAACUUCUAAAUGUGGAAUACAUUAACAUUUUUAGAAUUUCCAAAAACAAAUAAAUAUCUUUUUUCAUAUUGAUGGCUUUCUAGAAAUUCCUUUGAAUCUGAAAUCAAAAUGAUAAAUUUUCUUUACUUAUAGCUUUUAAAAAAAACAGUCAAAAAACACAAAAGUGAUAAUUUCCCCUCAUUUAAAGUGCAGCAAAAUGUGAGAGUUCAAAAAGUUGAAUUGCAGCAUGAAGGAAUUUCUGAGCCAAGCUCCGAUGGAAGUCUUGAAUACGGUCAUAAAAUGUAUUUUAGGACCAUUUCUUUUUGAGCUUUUUUGAGCAGGAGCCAUUCAUUUAGACUAAUUUAGAAACUCCCCUUUCUCAUUUCUUGUAGGGGUUUGGCUUUGGAGUUACCAGUAAAGAUGAGGAGGGGAAAAAACAGAGUCAGAAAUAAUCCUUAAAAAAAAAAAAGAAGAAGAAGAAAGAAAGAGUGGAAAAAAGGAAAGUUUUGCUGCAGGUAGGCUGCAGCUCCAGGAGGUGGGGGACUCCUGAUGGAGCUGGGAUGGACCUCCACGUGAUUGGUAGAUGUGUGCUGUCGGUGGGGCCCCUUGCCAAGCCCUUACGUCUUUAUAUAGUGUAAUCAGAUGGCCGGACAGCCUGAGUGAGCAUCCACUCUGCCUCCCUGCAUCUCCUCUGCUGCUCCAGCAUCCUCCUCUCUCCUCUGAACCUCCAUCUCUCCCUCCCGGGUGGUGAUCAGCAUGGCCAACCUCCUCCUCACUCUGAGUCUGUGGCUCCUGGCCGGGAGUCCCCUCAUCCAGGCGACCUACUACCGGCACCACCGCUACAUCCCCCACUACCGCUACCGGGAGCACACCGCCAACACGGAAAACCUCCUCCCUGAUGUUUCCAACCCCGCGCCUGAGGUCACCCAGUCCGGCGCCUCCACCAACCACGAAAUCCCGGAGGUUUUCCACCCGGCGCCCGAAUCGGUCCACCCCAUGCCGGAGGUCUUCCACCCGGUCCCCGAGGUGGUGCACCCCGCCCCCGAGAGUUACCUGCCCCCGCAGGUGCUGGAGCCCGCCGCACCUGUGCCCCCCUUCACCAGCCGCGUCUUCUACGGGGUCAUGUUUGACGCGGGUAGCACCGGCACCAGGAUCCACAUCUACAAGUUCAUCCAGAAAGAUCCCGUUGAGCUGCCAGUUUUGGACAGUGAAAUGUACCAUGCUAUAAAGCCCGGCCUGUCUGAGUACAAGUACAACCCUGAGGAGGGCGGUAACACCAUCCGCCAGUUGCUGAAGAUUGCCAAGAAGACGAUUCCAGAGGAGGAUUGGAAAAGGACGCCGGUGGUGCUGAGAGCCACAGCGGGUCUACGCCUGCUGACUGACGAACAGGCCGAGGGCAUCCUGAAUGAGGUACGAGAGGUCUUUGAGGAAUCCCCUUUCUAUGUGCCGAGCAACAGUGUCUCCAUCAUGAAUGGAAUAAAUGAAGGAGUGCUGGCCUGGGUCACAGUGAACUUUCUCACAGGUCAUCUGUACUCCAACACCAGGAGAACUGUGGGUAUUCUGGAUUUAGGUGGAGGAUCAACACAAAUAACAUUCCUCCCAAAGUCAAAGAAAACUAUUGAGACUGCUCCUCCUUCGUAUACUGCCAGAUUCAACCUCUUCAACAACACUUAUGAACUCUACACACACAGCUAUCUUAAAAAUGGACUAAUUGCUGCUCGCUUGGCAACUCUUGGAGCCCUUGGAGCCGAUGGGUUGGACUGGAAAGUCUUCACUAGUCCGUGUCUCCCGAAAAAGUACAAAGCGGAAGUGACUUUUGGAGGGUACACCUAUAAAGUCAGCGGGAUUCCAGACGGGUACGCGGGGUAUAAGCUGUGCUACUACGAGGUCCAGAGGGUGAUUAAAGGUAUAUUUCACCAACCGUACGAAGUGAAAGGCACCAACGUCUUCUACGCUUUCUCGCAUUACUUCGACAGAGCCAAUGAGACGGGCCUCAUCAGUGAACGAGGCGGUACGGUGGAAGUCCGGGACUUCAAGAAGAAAGCCAAAGAGGUGUGCAACAAGAUGACCAAAUACCGACCUAUUAGUCCUUUCCUCUGCAUGGAUAUGACAUACAUCACGUGCCUCCUAAAGGAGGGCUUCGGCUUCAAGGACAGCACCGUGCUGCACCUGGCCAAGAAGGUGAACAACGUGGAGACAAGCUGGGCCCUGGGCGCGACCUUUGACUUCUUCCGAAACUUUAACAUCCAUUAAAGACAGCUCUCCAGUUGUUGCAUCUGGCACUGAAAGGGACAACCGUGGGGCCUCCUUCCACCCGUCCACCCUCGCAGAUAGUCCCAGCAUGUCUCCACACUCAUCCAUCAUCUCUCCCUAAACCUCAACACCCUCAGAAUGCUUUCAGAACUUUUUAAAAAAAAGAAGUUUCUAUAUUUUUUUAAGGCCAGCUGUUUCUACUGUAUGCUCGGAACUAGUGAGCUCAUUUUAAUGCUAAAAACGUUUACAUUUUUUAACCCUUUAUGGAUGAAUGAUCUGAAAUGUCUCCCUCCCUACCUUGUAUAGAGGCAGAGUAGCUUGGUGCUCACUGUGGUCCUGGUGUCUGCUGCACAGCACAGAAAAUUUAUAUUUUUCUGGAGGCUUUUAAAUCCACUCUUUUUAGAAAGAAUAUCAGUAAAUUAUUUCUAAUUGGAAAUUGAGCAAAUCUUUUUCCUUUCCUUCAACAUUGCACGAAACACUUUAACUGCAGAUAAUGUAGCUGAGAAAUGAUACUUUGCUAUGAUGCCAUCUGGAAUUGUACAUAUUCACGAUUGGUGUUGGAUUCACCACGACUCAGGGGGGCGGUGGAGAGAAUUCUCUCGCAGUGUUGUAAAUGAUUCAUUCUCGUAACUUUUUUUUUUUUUUCCGAGUUGCCUCCGUUGCUGUUUUGCUUCAUCCAGAGUGAGAAAAUAACCCAUCACUCACAGCUUACUUACAGGUUCCUUUGGUGCGAACUGUAUUUAGAUGAUCAUUAGAGAAACCACUCAUUAAGCGCAGACAGUGCAGCCAGAAGCUUGAUCUACAGCCGUUUAAUGAAGUCAAAGCAUAAACAGAAAUUAUGUAAAAACUAUAUUUCUUUGUUGUACUGAACAUAUUCUGUUGUGAAUUGUACAAAUAUUUGAAACUGUGUGUAUUUUUGUUGUGCUUAUCCAGUAGGUACUCUAUUAUUCUAUAUAUUCAUCUACUACUGUUGUACAUAUACACUUUAAUCAUAGUGAAAUGUUCAUUCUAAAGGGUGCACAGUUGAAAUGUAUAUCUGUAUCCAUCAGUAAAAUGAUCUGAUGCCUGAUAAAAUGUAAAUUGUUUUUCUUAAAGUGUAUACUGGACAUGUAUGUUUAAAUAAAACCUCUGUGAUUCAUAUUCUGUAUCGUCAAACCUCACUUUUUUGAUUAAAAACAAAAAAACCAUAUCAGCA